CCUAGAAACGCUGAAUAUAAAAACAGUGACCAUAUCAUCUAGACAACUGAGAAUCGAGAGAGGUUGUAAAAGCGGCAAAGAUGCAGAUCUUCGUCAAAACCCUAACUGGGAAGACCAUCACCCUCGAAGUCGAGAGCAGUGACACAAUCGACAAUGUCAAAGCCAAGAUUCAAGACAAGGAAGGUAUUCCCCCGGAUCAGCAGCGUUUGAUUUUCGCCGGUAAGCAGCUUGAAGAUGGACGCACCUUGGCCGAUUACAACAUCCAGAAGGAGUCAACACUUCAUCUUGUUCUCAGGCUUCGUGGUGGUAUCAUCGAACCUUCUUUGAUGGCUUUGGCUCGCAAAUACAAUCAAGACAAAACCAUAUGCCGCAAAUGCUAUGCUCGUCUACACCCUAGGGCUGUAAACUGCCGCAAAAAGAAGUGUGGACAUAGCAAUCAGUUGAGGCCAAAGAAGAAGAUCAAGUAAACUCUGGUUUUGAUAUUGUUUUUCUCUUAUUGGUGUUUGUUUUGUGAGACCUUUAUUUAUAAAUUUCGUUGUUACUCCCGACUCAACUCAAUCUUCUGUUUUGAAUGAUGUUAAAUGUAGUUGGAGUUUAUUUUGGUAUAAGUGGAUUAUAUUUUUCCGAUUACUUAUAUUCUGUUUCAAGCUUACUGGCAUCAUUAUCUGUAAUAUGGAUUGCCUAUA